AUGCGCGCGGCGGAUAAGAUGGAUAUGCUCACGCUUGGCAUCUUUUUGAGCGGCACGAUCUUCUGUUUGACGUGUAGUGCUGUGUACCACAGCGUUUCGUGUUGCUCCCAGGCAGUCGCCAAAAAAUUUAACCGCCUCGAUUACAUGGGCAUUGUUGUCCUGACGGUGGGCAGCAAUAUUCCUGCACUGCGUUUCGGAUUGUACUGUCAUCCGAAGGAAAUGGCAUGGUACACGGUGCUGAUCGUGUCGCUGGGAUUUCUUGCUUUGUACGUGCUCAUCAAGCCGCAGUACGCCACGGCCAAAUACAGGCCCGUGCGCGCUGGCCUUUUUAUUGCGCUGGGACUUUGUGGAAUUGCGCCCAUACUGCACAUGCUCACUCUGACGCGGCGCUUUGAUUUCCUUUUUGCGACGCUCGGAUUUGGGUACAUCGCAUGGAGUGGUUUCGUUUACAUAUUUGGCGCAAUGCUCUACGUCGCGCACUUCCCUGAAAGGUUCGCAACUGGGACAUUCGAUUACAUUGGAUCUUCGCACCAGCUGUAG